AGAAUGUUUGGUCUGCUGGUGCGUUUCCUCUGGCCUCUGGCCCUGCUGCAGUGCAUCAAUGCCCGAGUGGCCCUGAUGCCAAAGUUCUAUGGCCAGGAUAGUGCAGUCAUAGUGGAUGCGGGAAGAAAGUUGCCCUCGAAACUGGACUCCAAGCUGCAGAAUGCUUUGUACUACAAUUUCCCUGUCUACAAGCUGAUCAAGCCAGGUGUUCAAGCCACAUCGACCACAACGUUUGCUCCUGUUCCAACCAAUACAGAGUACCCGAGUGAUUUGCUCGAGAUUGCCCGAACUAAGCUGGGCCUGAAGGUGCUGCCGAGCAUAAGCGAGCUCGGACAGUUGAUUGGCACGCGCAGCAACAGUGAAACCAUCGACUACAUCCGUUCGCUGACCUCCAAUGAAGGGGGUAUUGCCUUGAUGAAGGAGUACCUGGAGACGCUGGACUAUGAGCUAUCCGAAGAUGUGCCGGACAGUGUGGAUGAUGAUGACGACGCAGGCGAUGAUGACAACGCCAUGGACAAUGCAGAUGUCGAAGCAGACUUUGAUGAGCGGCCAAGGCUGGAGACGUCGAGCAGUGCCACCACAACCACCAAAACACCCGAGAUGCAGGGCAGCCUUCUCCAACGCUUCGGCGACUUUAUGAAGCAGUACAGCCUCUGGUCGGAGACCACCACCACGACCACAAGGAAACCCAUGCCUGCUGCCAUGUCGUUCAAGCCCGUGUUUGUGGCGCCAACAGGCGUGGCCCGUAUGCGUCCGCUUCUUGUGCGUCAGCCCCUACCCUAUCACUAUCCCAUUCCACUGCGACCUGUGAUGCUGCCUGCGAAGCCAACUGAAGUGACCAGCACGACGGCGGCACCCAGGCCAGACAAGGUGCCGCACUUGAACACGCCCAAGCACAUAGAGGCCGAGAUGCAAUCUCCUCCUGUGGCCCCACAUGUGCAGCAACUGGCUGAAAUGGCGAACAUCUCCCCCCAGGUCCUGGAUCGCUUCCUGCAGCAACAGCCCAAACUUGCGCAGUUGGCCAAGCGGGUGAGCUCGCUGGGCCUUAGUCAGGACCAGACGCGAGCAAUGGACUCCCAGAUCUUCAUGGCCGUCAAGCGGGCCCUGUCCCAAAACGAGGAGCUGAAGCGCCUGCUCGAAUCGGCCCAGACAUUAAAAUAGGGCUCACGUGUACAUUAGUUUAAGGCUAUCAUUAAAGAAAAUAAAAUCUUC